UCCAAUCCUUUUUCAGUGGAUAAGAAUGGGAUGUGAGUGGAGUAAGGUGACUGGUCCAGAUCUGUCACAUGCUCUCUGCUCUAUCCGUCUCCCUCUCUCUCUCCCUCUCUCCCUCUCUCUCUCUCUCUCUCUCUCUCUCUCUCUCUCUCCCUUGAAUUAUCCUUCCCUUCUGUCUUUACUCCUGCUCACUCGUUCGUCUGUGUUCUUUUCUUAGCAAGCUGUCAGAAGGAGAAGAAGGGUUUUAUUCCCCCUCUCCUUUCCCUUUCCUCUCAUGUCAGUCCGAGACAGUGCUUGUAGGAUGUGAGCCGCGUUUUGUUCUCAGUCUCGCCUUGAGUACGUUCUCCUUUUUUUGUUUUGAUAUUGAGGCGCUGGGAGACAGAGGGGGAGAGAGAGAGAGACGCGCACAUGAGGAUGUAACGGGAGAGAUGUGAAAACAUGCCUGGCCUGCGCUGAAGUCUCCACCACUCUUCUCGUCAAGAGUUUUUACUCCACUUCUUUUUUUCCGGCCACGGCUGCUCCAGGAUCUGCUUUCUUUUUCCUCCUCUGAGUCCCUCUAUCUAUCUCUCCCUGUCUCUCUCUCUCUCUCUCUCUUUGGCUCCCUCGUUUGUCUUGCACGGAGGAGGGGAGAGAGCCCCCGAGAGUUGCCAACCAUGUAUUCGCUGGACGACUACGGUGAACAGAGUAUCUGCCAGGCGCGGGCGUCGGUCAUGGUGUAUGACGACAGCAGUAAGAAGUGGGUGCCCAUCAAGCCGGGACAGCAGGGCUUCAGCCGCAUCAACAUCUACCAGAACACGGCCAACAACACCUUCAGAGUGGUGGGGGUCAAGCUGCAGGACCAGCAGGUGGUCAUCAACUACUCCAUAGUGAAGGGUCUGAAGUAUAACCAGGCGACGCCCACCUUCCAUCAGUGGCGUGAUGCCCGCCAGGUGUAUGGCCUCAACUUCGCCAGCAAGGAGGAGGCCACCACCUUCUCCAACGCCAUGCUCUUUGCCCUCAACGUGCUGAGCACACAGGACGCAGGUCCAGCUGCGCAUCGCCAGAAUGGCCCGGUCACAGAUGACACAGACCUGCAAAGGAGGCAGAUGAUGGAGCAGCAUCAGAUGCAUGCACAGAUGGAGCGGGAGCGAAGAGCCGGAUCUGCAGUCUCCACCCUUCAGUUCAAAGUGUCUGGCGCCUCUCCCUCCCAAGCCGAGUCGGCCAACAACAUCCCUCCCGAUUACAAGCAGUACAGGGCCAACACCCUGCCCCCCGCCUACAUGAGGGCCGGCGGAGGCGCCUCCUCCCACUCCCCCCCGUCCUCCUCCUCCUCCUGCUCCCCUCAGGAGCGCGACGGCGGUGGCGGCGGCGGUGGUAGCGGUUGCCAGGCGUGCGACUCCCCGCACCGCAGCAGCAGCAGCAAGGCCCAGCAGCAGCUCUCGCAGCUCUCCACCACGCUGGCCUCCGCCUUCAUGCCCGUGCAGCCGGCGGGCGUCAUGACCACGGGCCGCAAGGUGCGCCAGAUCCCCCUGUCCCCGCCCACCGGCCGCCACCUGCCCCCCCAGCUGCCACCCCAAUUCCAACAGCAGCAGCAGGAAGUGGCGUCCAUCCACCACCCGCACCCGCUGCCCCCCAAGCACGGCACCUGGUCGGCCUCCCACGCCGCCGCCCACAUGUUCGCCCCGCUGCCCGCCUCCGCCUCCCCGCCCGGGAUGGUGGCGGGCAUGGCGGGGGGCCAGCAGGGGGGCGGCGUGAAGCAGGUGUGCCCGCAGCCCGUGCUGCCCGUGGCCCUGCCCCUGCCGCCUCUCAACGGCAAUGGGCGCGGCGGCGGUAGUGGCAAGGUGGCGUCCUCUCCGCACGAGGCACAUCAGCUGAUCAACGGCCAGCCGGAUGACUACUACCCCCAGCAGCAGCAGCAGCAGCAUCACCAGACGCCGCCGCCGCCCCCACCAGCUCCACAGCUGUCCUCCUAUGCCCCCUGCUGCCCUGAGGGCCAGUUCCCCUCCCCCUCCGGGUUCAUCCAGCAGCAGCAAAUGUACCCAGGAUACAGUGCCACCUCUCCCCCCACUUACUCCCUCCAAGAGGGGGGCUUGCCCAAGACCACACCGUCCCCUGUCUUUCAGCCGUCCCCACCCAUUAUGAGUCCUCCACUUCCACCUGGGCACCCUGCCAUGGGCCAGCAGCAGCAGCAGCAGCAGCAGCACCCGUCCGCAGUGCCAAUGCCAGUACCCGCCCCCGUCGCACCCCCUCCAGCCCCCAUGGUGCCCAUGGCCCCCGUGGCACCCCCACCUCCGCCAGGGCCCCCUCCGCCCAGCGUGGGCCCUCCGCCUACACCUCCGCCCCCUCCGCUGCCGGCUGGCGGAGGCCUGGGGGGACCCAACCAGGGAGGAGCGCCCGCGGGACUGGCAGCGGCCCUGGCAGGAGCCAAGCUGCGCAAAGUGCAGAGGCCUGAGGAGGGAUCGGGGGCGUCGGGAGGCAAGAGUGACGGCAGCCGGUCGAGUGGCGGCAGCGGCAGCAGUGGAGAGGGACUCAUGCAGGAGAUGAACGCCCUGCUGGCACGGAGGAGAAAAGCUUCAGAGAAACCUGACGAGGACAGCCAGAAGGAAGAGACCAACGGCUCCCCAUCCCCCAUCACACGAGACCCUUCUAAAAAGCCAUGGGAUCGAGCCAACUCAUCAGACAAAACUGCUACUUUGUCAAGGGUGAAGGCUGGUACCAGCAGUGAUGCCGACUCAGAAUAUGACAGAAUGAAGCAGGAGAUCUUGGAGGAAGUGGUCCGUGAACUGCAUAAAGUCAAAGAUGAGAUAAUUGAUGCGAUUAGAAGAGAGGUGAUGAGGUUGAGCUCGACAUAAUCCUCCCAGGAUGCGACGACAGAGGGCAGUCGGGAAUGGAGAGAACAAGCAAACGAAGAAGCAAACGAAGAAAAAGAAGAAACAGAAAGAGAGAAGAGGGCAAAAAGUGUCGAGUAGGCAGGAGUCGUGGUUGUGUUUACAGCAUUUCUGUUGUUUCAUGGGAUGGGAAAGUUGCCACAAAGUUGAUGACAUGUUGGGCUCAACAGUAGCAUCUGCCAAGCAAAAAAAAAGUUGGGGAAAGGAAAAAAAAACAAUGGGACAAAUGAGAAGAUGACAAACAGGAUGGCAAAAAGAGACGUGAGUCGAGUGAAUGAAUGGGUGGUUGAAUCAGUGCAUGCAUGUAUGGAUGAUAGUUGGAUGGAUGGAUGGAUGGAUGAAUGAAUGGAUGAACAGAGGGAUACAUGGGUGUAAGGCUGAAGGAAUGAAUGGACACUCACACUGUAUUUUCUAUUUCUCCUGUAUUCAAAAACAAAUUAAGCCCUUUGUGUGGCCUGCUGCCUGGCUGUCGAGUCUUACAGAAAAAAAUAUAUGUAUUAAAUCUGGCAAAGCUAUUUUGUUUUCUAAGUUUUUUAUUGUUUUGUUUUAUUUUGACGAUGAAUUAUUUGAAAAUAAAUAUUACUGUUAUAAUUAUAAUUUUAUUACAAGUAUAGAUAUAGAGAAAGUUGCACACCAUCUUUGUCAGCCUUUUAUAUUUUAUAUUAGGUUCUUUAUUCUUUUGGUUUUUGAUAAGCACAUAUAGGCCUCCGACCUCAGCAGGGUUUUCUAAAGAGAUUUUAUUUUUCUUUGCCAACAGAUGUAUAAGAUCACUGGAGAUGUUUCUUUUUUAAGUUUGAACUUGAAUUGGUUGUGUGAAAUGACCUGGUUCCUUUUAUUUUGGGACACUAUUAUGAUGACGCAUCGGUAUGAACCUUUUCAUUUUAUUGUCUUUUUCAGUAAAAAAAAAAACAAGUUUGGCUGGAAAGAUAUGGUGAAUAAUCAAGCCUUUCAGUAUAUCCUUUGACUAGAUUAUUCCUUGUUUUAAAUGUUGAUAAAUGGGUUUAAACAUUACUGUUUGACUCUUUUGUUUUGUUGUGCAAUCCUGAAACUAUGCUGAGCAUGUCCUUUGAAAAAAACCUUUCCCCUCCAAAUAUAAUCAGUAAUA